CGUUGCCGUCGGGAUUUGAGAACGAUGAGGGGCCACGUAACGGAAGUCAGUAGUAUCUGAGGCGACUUGAACAUCAAUGGCGGACCAAACCUCCUCCGUCGCCAUCACCCCCACCACCUCCUCCGAUAACACACCACCGCUUGCCACCUCCUCACGUCCACCGCUGCUCAUCCCACAGCUCCCGGACGACGUUGCAGUGCAAUGCAUCGCUAGAGUUCCACGGUCUUAUCACCUCUCCCUCUCGCUAGUCUCCAAGUUAUGGCGAUACACCAUACGCUCCCCACAUUUCUUCGCCACCCGAUCCCUCCUCCACUCCACCCAACAAUCCCUCUAUCUCAACAUCCGCCAUAACUCUUCUUUCAAGUGGUAUCAUCACCCAAACCCUAACCCUACUGAUAAAGGCCCCCUUUCUCCUCUACCUCCUAUCCCAAUUCAACCAGUCGGUCCAGCAUAUGCCGUACUCGGCCCCAAAAUAUACCUAAUUGGCGGUUCGAUCAACGAUAUUCCUUCGGCUUCCGUUUGGAUUCUCGAUUGUAGGGUUAAUAAAUGGGAAAUUGGCCCUAAAAUGAGGGUUGGGAGAGAGUUUGCAGCUGCAGAGACGGUUAAUGGCAAGAUUUAUGUUAUGGGUGGGUGUUUAGUGGAUAAUAGGACUCGGUCAGUUAAUUGGGCGGAGAUAUUUGAUCCUGCGGUGGGGGCAUGGUGCCCCCUACCAAGCAGUUCGGUGGAUGCAAAGGACAAGUGGAUGCAUGCUAAUGCUGUCAUCGACGGUAAGAUUUAUGCUAUGGCAGAUCGUGGCGGGGUAGUUUAUGAUGUGGCGGAGAUGGAAUGGGGGAGAGUUCCGAAGAGGCUUGAUUUGGGAUGGAGGGGACGAGCUGCGGUGAUUGAUGGGGUUUUGUAUUGUUAUGAUUAUUUGGGGAAAAUUAGAGGGUAUGAUGUGGAGAAAGAUGCUUGGAAGGAGUUAAGAGGGGUGGAGAAAGGGUUGCCCAAGUUCUUAUGUGGUGCAACAAUGGUGGAUUUGGAUGGGAGGUUGUGUGUGGUGUGGGAAUGCAAGGAGGGUGGUGGUGGUGGUGGCGGCGGGAAAACCAUGGAUAUUAUGUGUGCAGAGAUCGAGGUUCGUAAGGAUAAAGAUGGAGGAUUAAGUGGUUCCAUCUUGUGGGUUGAUGCCAUUCUUUCAGUUCCUGUUGGCUCUUCCAUUCUACAUUGUAUGGCUGUUGCUUUGUAACUUCCAAUAUGUUGCCAUGGAUCUCAAACUGUUGUGCUUGGAGAUCAAGCGUUUCGGAUAUGCCAUCCUCAAGCACAUGAAUCUACAGGUAAUUUAUGGUGGAAUCAGUAUCGUUGAUUGUUAAAAAACGUGUUUGUAUCGUACAUCUUGUGUAUCAUUUUCAUCAAAUAAAAAGCUUUUUGUGGGCAUGCUGCAAAAGCUCUUGUAUUCUGGUCGGCUUGUAUGUAUAUAUUUGUGUUAAACUUAUGCAAGUGUAAUGAAUACUCAUUCUUCCUUUUUGCUA